GACCGCGUGCCCUUCGUGGUGGCUGAGCGGGUGCCCUGGGAGAAGAUGUGCGAUACGCUGAACCUGAAGUUCAUGGACCGCGUGCCCUUCGUGGUGGCUGAGCGGGUGCCCUGGGAGAAGAUGUGCGAUACGCUGAACCUGAAGUUCAUGGCGGAGGUGCAGACCACCAAGGGGCUUCUCAAGGACCACUACUUCUUCCUGGCCCAGAAGAUCUUUAAUGACCACAAUGCCAGCCUUGAGGACUUCCAGAGCCGCAACGUCUCCUGGGCCCAGUUCAACAAGGAGAUCCUGCCUGGUCGAGGAUUCACCUUCUGGCAGUGGUUUGACGGAGUCCUUGACCUCACCAAGAGGUGCCUCAAAAAUUACUGGUCAGACAGGUGGAUCCGCGUCAACAGCAGCCGGAUGAUCCGAGUCACCCAGGUGGGCAGCGAGGAGGAGCUGGAGCAGUUCAACGUGUGGAACGUCGUCUUCUCCUUCCUGAAGGAGAAGCUGAACGACACCAGCAUCGAUGUGGAUCUCUACAGCAACAAGACCUGCCUGAAGGUUGAGCUGCUGGAGGCCGGCACCACGUACUGCGUCGUCCUCUUCCGGCGCUUUGACCCAAAGCUGUUCCUGGUUUUCUUCCUGGGCCUGUUGUUGUUCUUCUGUGGGGACAUGCUGAGCAGGAGCCAACUUUUCUACUACUCGGCCGGGAUUAGUUUUGGCUUGCUGGCCUCGCUGCUCAUCCUCGUCUACAUGGUGUCCAAGAUCAUGCCCAAGAAAAGUCCUGUUUACUUCCUGCUGGUAGGAGGCUGGUCCUUCUCGCUCUACCUGCUUCAGCUGAUCUUCAAGAACCUACAGGAGAUCUGCAAGUCCUACUGGCAGUACCUCCUUGGCUGCCUGCUGCUCGUGGGCUUCGUGAGCUUCGGCGUGUGCUACAGGUACGGCCCGCUGGAGAACGAGCGCAGCAUCAACCUCCUCUCCUGGGCCCUGCAGCUCCUGGGGCUCUUGCUGAUGUACUCAGGCAUCCAGAUCCAUCCCAUCGCCUUGGCCUUGGUGGUCAUCGCCGUCUGCACCAAGAACCUGGACUACCCCAUGCAGUGGGCCUUCGCUGCGUACAGGGUGCAGAGUGCCCAGCCGAGCCCCCCUCGCCUGCUGACGGAGGAGGAGUACCGGCUCCAGGGCAAAGUGGAGACGUGCAAGGCCCUCGAGGAGCUUCGAAACUACUGCAGAAGCCCGGAUUUCUCUGCCUGGACCGUGGUCUCCCGCAUCCAGUCUCCCAAGAGGUUCGCUGACUUUGUGGGCGGUGCCUGUCACGUCACCCCCAGCGAGGUCUCUGUCCAUGAGCGGGAGUACGGCGUGGACGGCAUCUUCCUUGACGACCAGCUCUUUGAGGAGGAGGAGGAGGAGGAGCAUGAGGAUGAGGAUGACUCCUUUGGCAGGAAUCGUGGCAAGUACAUGGACGUGGAGUUUGACUUCAAGGGGGAGCCCUUGGGAGGGGUCAUUAGCAACUACCUGCUGGAGAAAUCCCGCAUCGUCCAGCACGUGAAGGGCGAGAGGAACUUCCACAUCUUCUACCAGCUCCUG